UCCACAAUGCUAACGCUACUGCCUGUUUAGCAGGCUGCUGCGACUACCUAUCUAUUAAUGUGAAGUAGGUUAAAUUUAAAACGUUGCGGACAAAAGAUAUGACAACCUUCGGUUUUAUGAAGUACUAGAGAGGUUGCAGUCAUGGGCCCAGACACUGCAUCAGUCCCUAAAACAGAACCUUCAGAGGAAAAUCCAGCCGAAGUCGUCGUAAAGGUAAUCUCAGAAUCAGAUUCCAACGAUGCUUCAACCUCCACUGAGCCUGAGAGCUCCAAACGGCCUGAGAAUAACAUUUCAGACAAAUGUUACCCCUGCUCCGUCUGUGGCAAGACAUUUGACAGACCAUCAAAGCUAGAGAGGCAUAAACCUGUCCACACGAGGAAGCCAAAGACGGUUCAUCAGUGUCAGCACUGUGACAAGAUUUUCACGCAGGAAGAGAAGCUGAUCCGACAUCAGAGCUGCCACAACCGGACUAACCUGCACCCCUGUCCCGACUGUGGGAAAGUGUUCAACAGGCCUUCAAAGUUAGAGAGACAUAGGCGCACCCACGCCAAGAAACCCAAGGUGCCUCAUCAGUGUUCGUACUGCAUGAAGACGUUCAGUAAGCUGAACAAACUUGUCCGUCACCAGCGGAUGCACACCGGGGAGAAACCUUUCACCUGCUCGGUCUGCGGAAAAGGAUUCUCCGAGGCGGGUCACUGCAAAGCGCACGAAAAGACGCACGAGGAGCAGCCAGACAAACCUCACUGCUGCGCCGACUGCGGAAUGUGUUUCUUCAAGGCGUCAGAGCUCCGUCGGCACUUCCGCUCCCACACAGGAGAGAAACCUUUCCGAUGCAGCCUGUGUGAGAGCUGCUUCUCCCGCUCAGAGGGACUAAAAAGACACAUGAGGAGCCACACAGGGGAAAGACCGUUCAAAUGCAUCAUCUGCGCUAAAGGAUUUUAUUCUCGACAGGAUUUGAAUAUUCACGGAUUGACCCACUCGGGAGAGAAACCACAUCUUUGCCCUGUGUGCGGUAAAGGUUUCUCACAGCUGGGCAACAUGAAAGAACACGAGCAGAACGUUCAUAUUAAGUCCGAGAAGUAUAUUUGCAAUGAAUGCGGGGCGACCUUCACACGGUACAAGUCACUGACAAAACAUCAGCGGACACACACAGGAGAACGACCCUAUCUGUGUCUCACUUGCGGUCGCCGAUUUUCAUGGAGCCAUUCUCUUAGCAGACACCGGAGGACUCACACACACAGACAGAUGGCUAUGGACACGUCUAAAGACAUAUUGAGUUUUGAAGGACCCUCUGAGAAACCUAGCAGUUGAAAGUAAAAGUAAAAUCAUCACAGAAGGACAUUUUAUCGUGAAGAUAUCCUCCUGGAGCCACAAUCAAGCUAAAAUUUACUAAUUGUAGUAAUUUGUAGUGCAUUAAUUUUGAAGCUUUGUGAUGAUUCAUCUCUAUGCUUGCUUUGUUAUUUGUUUACAAAAUAUCAGUUUGGAUUUUUAUGUACAGGGCUCCAGAUUAGUUGUUUUUUUAAAUCCCAACAGUUUCACUGAUCCAAGUCCAUUAAUCUAUCUUGGCAGUUACAAUAAAUGUUUUGUUACUUGGCUGAAGAUAGACUGUGAGGGUAUUUGAGUACACUGCUGUAUGUAGUAAUGCGCCGUUUAUAUCUUCCUUUAUGACAAAUCUGUACUUGCCUUUAGAAAGUGUGGAAGAAUAUCUCAUACCAAUAAAUUUCUGUUUUUCAUCAACCAAAUGAUAUAUCACAACCAAAGUUGCCCUGAUUUGACAUGGAAUCAAACUGAAUAACUAAAUAAAAAUA